UUGAAAAUCACUGAAUAUAACCAUUUACAUUACAAUAUCGACAUAUUAUUCAACACCUACAAUCAUUUUCGUUCUCUGUUUUUUUCCUAUACCCAUAUCAUCAAAUAAUAAUAAUAAUGGCGUAACACCAAAAGAUUCAUUCUUGCAAUCUUGCUUGCGUGCGUGCCCAUAACCAUCCACCCACCAACACAAAUUUAAAUAAUUUAUUACAAUUUGCAGCUGCUGCUGCUGCUGCAAGUUGAGAUUGUGGGGGGGUGACAGGACACGUAGUAAGUGUGUCUGUGUGUGUGUGUAUGAAGAAUAAUAAGGGUGUAGUAGAAAAAUUUGAAAAAAGACAACCUGGGAAAACACGGGGGAUUGUUGUUGGAUUGUUUCCAUGAAAUCACGACGGCGCUUGCCAGUAGUUGCAGGAUGACCGACAACGCUUAUCGGGUUGAUACGACGUCGCGGCUAGCUCAAUGGCGUAUAGACAAUUUGGCUUCUUGUACUUAUCGUAAAUCUGAUCCUUUUAAGAUCGGUAUAUGGAACUGGAGAUUGGUUCUUGAGAAGAAUCGUACAUUGUACAUUAAAUUGUACCCGGAAAUUUCGGGUUUAUGUAAAGACAACCCUCCUAUUGCUUCAUUCAUCAUUCGUGUGGUUUCUUCGUUAGGAGGUCGUAAGUCCUUGGUUCAUCCAGAAAUUAGAGAUAAGCAGCUUAAAAACAGUGAGGAUUUCAUUUGGGCGCUUGAAGUUCCCCUUACGGGGAAAUUCAUCAUUGAUCUUGAAUUUCUUGAUCUUAAGACUACAUCACCAAACGGUGGUGAAUCUUGUUCUGUGUGGACUGAAAGGUUUACACAAAAGGACUUACGAGCAACAGCGAUUUCCUCACUAGGCAGAAUGUUAACAGAAAGUAUUCACACGGAUAUUAUCAUCAAUGCUUCUGAUGGAAGCAUUGGGGCCCACCGAGCGGUCCUUGCUGCCAGGUCACCCGUCUUCCUAAGGAUGUUCUCCCAUGACCUGAAAGAAAAAGAAAUGUCUGUCAUAAACAUAUCAGACAUGUCCAUUGAAGCUUGUCAAGCUUUUUUAAGCUAUAUAUAUGGUAACAUCAUAGAACAAGACUUUCUUACUUACAGACUAGAACUUCUGAAAGCAGCUGAAAAGUAUGAUGUUAUGGAUCUAAAAGAGGCGUGUCAUGAAAGUCUAUUAGAAGAUAUCGAUACAAAUAAUGUGCUCGAGAGGCUUCAAAACGCUUCUCUGUAUCAUCUUCCAAAGCUGAAGAUUUGCUGUAUGCAGUAUCUUGUGAGGUUUGGUAAGAUAUUUGACAUUGUAGAUGAAUUUGAUGCAUUUAUACAAUCUGCAGACAGGGAACUGAUAGGGGAAGUCUUCAAUGAAGUUCUGUCUGUUUGGAAAGGUUUCUGAGUAACUUGCUCAACCUGAAAAUAUAGAUAUAUACGCAUAUUUAGCAUUAGUAAGGUAUUUAUUUGUUGCAUCUGUUGAUUUAUGAAACUGGCUGUGGCAGUGUGCCCCCAACAUUUGUUUGUGCCUAUUUGUUGUCAUCUAAACUGAUUACUACACGCAAAUGCAAUUUGCAAUUUGUUAUGUACAUGUAUAAAAUAGUAUGCUCAAUGAAAAAAGUAUACUUGAUUGUG